AUGUUGAUUGGAAUCACGGGUCCCAUAUGUGCCGGUAAACACACCACGGCCGAGUAUCUGGUCCAGCACCAUGGGUUUCUGAGACUUCAUCUGCCGACCCCACUACAUUUUCAAUCACAACCAACCCCAUCACCGUCCGUUGUCAACCAGGAGCAUACCCGGCAGCAUCACGGCCUCAACGGUGUCAAUAGACAUCACUCCUCCAAUCAAAGCCAAUCGCGGGAAUCUUCUCUGCAGACCGCAACUACAUCCUCGGACCAGUCCAACUCUUCCUCAGCUACCUCUGCAUCCGAGACUCUCGCUCGCCUUCUUCCCAGCGUGACGGACCAGAAAGGCACACGGGGCUUGACUUUUCCAGAUGUAGAGAGUCUGCUCGAGUUCGUGACCAAGCGGUGGCGCGAGCACUGGGUGUUGACGGACAUUUAUGAUGAAGCCACGCUCGAGGCUUUGCUGAGACGGCCGUUCUUUCUAUUACUCAAUGUUGACGCUCCGGUGGGUGUUCGGUACUCCAGGUUCAGUGAACGAUGCCGCACCCGCAAUCUCUCACCGAUGCCCCUAGCCGACUUCAUCUACUACAACGACCUCCAACUCUACGGGUCACGAGCGUCAGCAUCAAUCCAACCGACAGAUUCUACGCCACCGGAACACCAAUCUCACCCUGAUCCUCACCCUGACACUCAAUCUCAAUCUCAAUUACACCAACAAUCCCAGGCCCAACCUCAACCCCAACCUCAACCUCAACCUCAAUCAUUCUUCCAGCAGCAAAACAACAUCUCCGCGACCCCAUCCUCCGCCUCGGCCUCCACUCUCCAAGGCCCAAGAACCGGAAUCAUCCACCUGAUAUCCCGAUCUCACUUACAAAUCUUGAACGCCCACCCGACGCUGCACGCCUACUUCUCCUUCCUGACGACGCUGGACCUCCCGUCCCCGAUCCGCCUCCGACCCACGUGGGACGCGUACUUCAUGACGCUGGCGUCGCUGGCGUCGCGCCGGUCGAACUGCAUGAAACGCCGCGUCGGAUGUGUGCUGGUGCACAACUUCCGCAUCAUCUCGACCGGGUACAACGGCACGCCGCGCAACCUGACCAACUGCAACGAGGGCGGCUGCGCGCGCUGCAACAGCGCCAGUUCCGGCGGCUCGGCCCUGUCGACGUGUCUGUGUCUGCACGCCGAGGAGAAUGCGUUGCUGGAGGCCGGCCGGGAGAGGAUCAAGGACGACGGGAGGACGACGCUGUACUGUGACACCUGUCCGUGUCUGACGUGUAGUGUCAAGAUCGCCCAGGUCGGCGUCAAAGAGGUCGUCUAUACCCAGGGCUACAAUAUGGAUGAGGCGAGUCGACGGGUUCUGGGCGAGGCCGGCGUCGUCUUGAGGCAGUUCAGUCCGCCGAAGAGUGGGUUGGUCGGCUUUGCUGUUUCCGACCAUCAGGAUCAGUAUCCUGACCUGAUGCCGGGGGAUGAUGCGUCGUCUGGGAAGGAGACGAGUCAGGUCACACUUCUCAAUACUAGGUAG